AUCGAAGAAAUAAUAUUCAUUCUUCAUCAUCUUCUUUCUUCAUCAUCUUCUUCUAUUUGAUUUCAAUAAAUUACUUCGAAAAUCAACGCGUGGAUCCUUUUUCUUCUUUAUUUUCUACAAUGAAGAUAGGAACCAAUUGGAGGAGAGUGUACGAUGUUGGAAGGUGGUCGUGCAGUGAUCUGGCUCCUUGUAUCAGCCCAACGAGCUGCACGACACCCAUAAGAUUACCGUACUAACCCUGUUGCACCUGUUGUUUGAAUAAAAACAUACAUACAAAAAAUAAUCAAAUCAGAGUAAACUUAAAUAAAACAAAGCAAAAAAAAAUAAAAACCAUCAGUCGCAGAGCCCUACACCGUAACCCCAUGACGCAAUUAACACAUGGCCCGCCUGGAGAUACCGAGUAUAGUGGUGCAUAAAGGAAGCAGGUCGCAAGGACGACCUGACAGUCCCACUGUGGUGGUGGUACACGGAGGAAUGCCCUCGUUGCCGUCCUCCAGGCAAGGCCUCGUCCUCGGUGGCUCCACUGCAGCUUAUACAAGUGCCUCGGGCUCGGAUAUGAUAGACGGGAAUGCCAACCCUACCGUCGGCACCAACCCCUCACCGAACUCUCACCACCGUCCCACGCCAUCCUGCCCACCUGAUAAAUUGGAUACCGAGAACAAGAACUUUCGGAAUAGGACGAGUACAAAAGUGAAAUUAUUGGUAAGGAGUCAUGCUAUAGGAGAAUCAACAUCUCCACCAAGAGAACCACACAAUAAUAGUCCUUCUUCGCCACACAACACAUCACAAUCGUCGGUUGAAACGGAGAAAAAAUUUACUACGAGUAAUAGUAGUAAUAGUAAUUUGUCGCCUAAUUCAACCAAUUCUAAGUUGAACAACAACGAGUCGAUGUUCAACAGCAAUCUCUGUACUACCACCACCACCACCACCAACCAGUCACCUAAGCAAAUGCGUAACACGGCUACUUCGCCCACUUGUCGAGUUCCAUCGCGAAAUGGUCAAUCUAGUCCAUCUCAGGUACAUUCACCAAAGAAUAUCAUCUCACCGACUAACGGUAAUAAUAAAUCGGAUAAUAAUCACCGUACGAAGAUAUCAUCGGGUACGAAUAUAAUACAGAAAUGUAAUAAUUGCGUGAAAAACAAUCAGAAUGAGAGACCGGGUUUGUUGCAAACACCGGUCUCACCGUCUAAGACAGGUCAGGCUCUUCAACAUUCACCGAAGAGUACGAAUUUGGCCCCGAAUGCGCAGAACAAUCAACAGAGAUCGGAUCAACGUAGGCCGAACACCCUUAACAUAUGUAACAACCAAUGUUCAGCACAAUGUGGUAACACGCUUUCAGUAAGCAGGCCGAGUUCGAGACACAAAUUAAGGCAUCAGAAUUCGUCACAGGGUAGUUUUGAUAGUGCAUCGCCAUGUUUGUCUCGAGAUAGUAGUACAGAAUUGUACACGGACAGUACUGGAAUUGACCUUGAACAAUUUAUCGCAGAAACGAUAAAUCGUAAUCAAAAGGAUCGUACAGUGUUGUUAAAGAUUGAAAAAGAAUUAAUCGAGUUUGCUAAAGAUAGGCAAAAACUUUGUCACAAGUUUCCUAAUAUGUCGUCGUACAAUAGAAUGUUGGUACAUAGAGUGGCAGCUUAUUUCGGUAUGGAACAUAAUGUUGAUCAAUCAGGAUUAAGUGUAAUGGUUACAAGAACGAAAAACAUGAGAAUACCUGACACACGUUUCAAGGAACAUAUUAGGGACGAUCUGAUACUAUCCGAAGAACCACGUAGAAGUAUACUUAAGAGAGAUUCUAAUUCGUUCGAAGAUAGUUUCAAUUUUAAAUCACCCGAUAGAAUGUCCGGUGAUUAUUGUAGACGUAGCAAAAGUUUCGAGGAAAGGCAGGAACAAUACGAAAGGACAAGGCGGAGGAUAUUCAAAGGAAGUAGCGGGGAAAGCAGUGAAGUUGCUUCUUGGCCAUAUUGGUCAUCGUCCGAAAGUUCAGAUGCAUCCGCUAGGUACCGCUUGUUAUAUCCUUCAGAUCAUACGAGCAGACAAACGCGAUUGAUGAAAGGUGAAUCCCUCGAUACGAGAGAAUCUUAUCGUCCAGAAGUUGUACGACCUUCGGUUUCUAAAUCGUCCAGUUUUGACGGCUAUACCAGAGGAAUGCUUUCAAGAGGGGACAGCGUAACAUCCACGAAUAGUGCCGGAGCUCGUCUCAUGAAACAAGAUUCGGGUGCUAGCGUAUGUUCCCGUUUAAGCCCAUCCAGUAGCGGAUACAAAUCUCAAAGUCAACGCAGUGAUGCUACGAUCUCGCCGUCGCCAUCGCCAUCACCCGUUGCAACAAUGACGUGCAGUCACACACAAGUAUCUAGUCAGGAUCUAGCCUCUCCGGAAUCAAACAAUCAAACAGUGAUGUGGGCUAUUACGAGCUUAUCCAGUGUACCACCUGGUAGCAUCAUAAUAAAUCCUCAAACGAAUCAACCGUACACGAAUGCCGACGGUUCGAUAUAUCGUUUUGAUCCGGAGAAUCCACCAAAGUUCUUUUCUACGGAAAAUGAUAAUAACGGUCAUCAGGUAGCCAAUAACAAACAUAACGAUAUGCCUGAACCCACCAAAGCUGCCAGACAGAACGACAACAAGAGUGAAAGUAAAAAACGUUCGAAAUCUAAUAAUAAUAAUAAUAAUAGUAAUAAUAAUAAUAAUAACAGUGGUAGUGGUGGUAAUAAUAAUAAUAAUAGUGGUACAACAACAACAACAACAACGACGAAUGCUGCUCAUGUGACGAAUACUGCAACGUCACCUAGUCUACCGUUUACACCACCACCACCACCUCCGCCACCACCACCACCGCCACCAGUGUUAACGCAGCAACAAAGUACACCUGUUCCGCAGCAACAAACUCUAGUCAAACCGUCCACGACGGUACAAACGUGUAGUCAUAAUCAAACGGUUCAACCGUACGCGAAUUACGUACCUACCUCAGAACCGUACAACCAAGGUGGUGUAUAUCAAUCACCGAUGGGACAGCAACAAACUGUGAUGAUGUCGACUCACCCGACACAGGGUCAAGCUAACGUUCCGAACAAUGCUCAACAAAAUGAGGUUGCGUUCAAUCAGAAUCCUGUUUAUGCAAAUUACGGUGGUGUACCUGUUCAGCAAGGAUCGAUGCAACAAUCUAACGACGUAUCCGAUUUAUCAGGAUAUUUCGUUGGUAUGAACAUCUAUGAUCAACGUGGUACAGGUGAUAAUCAUUCUACACCACCGCAUACCUAUCCUCAACCACCGCCAUCUUCCAGUCAAACUAUGCAAAAUGUUCAGACGAUGCCACCUAAUUAUUGGCAACCUCCGCCAAACCAAAUACCGCCUCAGCAAACGAUGUAUUUUGUGCCACCACCCGGAACGACGAUCUCAGUAGGACAAAAUCCGGGUGAUAGGCAACAAUUACAUCAACAACAAAGAUUUACACCGAAUUAUACUUUCAAUGCACAAACUAUGACGUCGCCGAGUCAAUCGAAUGCAAAUUAUAUGAGCAGCUAUCCAGUACCUUACAAUUCGGUGCCUGCUGUUGCACCAGCACCAGCCGAUUAUACUUAUCAACCACCAGUACAUAUGGUUCCAACGUAUUAUCCACCACCAGGACAACAACCUAUACAACCACCACCAGUUAUGUACAGAGUGCCUACACCACCAAAUACUCCGAUAUCCAAUCAAAUGCCUGGAGUACCGUUGAUGUAUGUGAACUCUGGCAGUUAUGCACCACCAACUAUGGUAUCUGGUGGAACCUUUGGACAUCAGGUUGCACAUAAUGGUACACCCCCAGCACCACCAGGCACUUACAUGACUCCUGCGCUGGUUCCAAAUCUUGUAUUUAGGCAGAACGUUCCUGUUGUUGCUGCUGGUGUUCGAGCUUCGACGCCAGGUAGUUCUCAACGAGCAAGCAGGUCACCUACACCGGCGCACGAAUUGUUUGGAGGUGGAAGUGGGGACAGAAACGCACAACCUCAACCACGUUACCCACUGCCAAUGUAUCAAGGUGUCCAUAUCGUGCAAGGAGAUAUGAGACUGAUGCAUCCAGGAGUACCAACCAAUCCUCGGUUACCAUACGCACCAGUACCUUCACCACCUGUUGUUCAAGGUUGUCCCCGGCCAUAUCGACCACCCUCUUACUCUUCGAACACGUCGGGUGGUGGUACGCCAACUUCUUUUGACGGGAGGAAUCAAAAGAUUCGGAAACAAAGGUCGAAGGUAGCACCUUUACCACCGAUCAGUGCGAGGCCCAAUAUUUAUCAAACUCCUUCCAUGCCAUCACUUUCGUCCAACGCACCGAAAGAUAUCAGAGAAGGAACCGUAAAGGUGACAAUCACCCGUCGAAACCAGUUGGUACAAUAUUAGGUAACGAAACGCCUGACAAGAAGAAAGAAAAUCAACGUUGAGAUGAUUUAAACGCUACACUUGCGUUUUGUCUUUCUGUGUUUGUGUGGGUGAUAUUUAGAUUCAAGAAGAAGAAAUACAAUUACAAAACUAACAAGAAAAAUAUGAGGAUUAAAUAUAUAAAUAGGAUUAAUAACGAAUGGUACGCGAAAGAGACGGAAAGAAAGAGAAUGAACAAAACAUUAUAUAUAUAUAUAAAUAUAUAUAUAAGGAGAUAAAAAAAAA